ACUGUGCACGCGGGGCUGUGUGCAGCCGACUUGAAGCGACAAUACCGUACACGAUGCGAUCGUUCCUAGCGAUCAGCGUGGUAUGCCUGCUGGCUUGUGUGGCCAGCGGCUACUACAUGACGAAGGAGGUCAAGUACGCUGACAAGCCGUUCCUGGAGAAGCAGAAGGCCAUACUGGAGAUUUUCCAGCACAUCCACCAACCGGAGUUGCACACGCAUGUGUGGGAUGAGCAGAAGACGUUCGAUCUCGGAUCGUACAAGGAGCACUUCACGAAGCCUCAGGUCGUGGAGGAGUUCCUGCGCUUUUACCAGUACGGUAUGCUGCCGAUGGAGGAGAUCUUCUCGCUGUACAACGAGCAUCACCGUGAGCAGGCUGUCGCGCUGUUCCACCUGUUCUACUACGCCAAGGACUGGGACACGUUCUACAAGACGAUGGUUUGGGCACGGUUCCACGUGAACGAGGGCAUGUUUGUGUACGCCGUGACUGUGGCCGUGUUGCACCGUCAGGACAUGAAGGGUAUCGUGCUGCCAGCGCCGUACGAGAUCUAUCCGUUCUACUUCUUUAACGACGUCGUCAUCAGCAAAGCGCAACGGUACAAGAUGCAAGGGUUCUACCGCAUGAAGAAGACGGACGGUGUGUACAGUGCGUACAUUCCGAGCAACUAUACCGGUUACUACGUGCACAGCAACCCGGAGCAGCGCGUCAGCUACUUCAUGGAGGACAUUGGGCUGAACUCGUACUACUACUACUUUAACGCGGACUACCCGAGCUGGAUGGGUGGUGAGGAGUUCGGUCUGUACAAGGACCGUCGCGGUGAGUUCUACCUUUACCAACACCAGCAGUUCCUGGCCCGCUACUAUCUCGAGCGCUUGUCGAACGAUCUUGGUACGAUCCCGACCUUCUCGUGGUAUGAACCGAUCACCACCGGAUACUACCCGUACCUGCGGUACUACAACGGUGUUCCAUUCCCGGCCCGCGAGAACUACCACAACGGUUACACUGAGAAGCACGAGGUAGUGCAGGAGAUCACCGACUACGAGCGUCGCAUCAUGGAGGCGAUCGACUAUGGCUUCAUCAUCCUACCCGACGGCACGUACGUCAACAUCACGACCCCUGCUGGCGUGGAGUACCUGGGCAACCUGAUUCAAUCGAACGGUGACAGCGUGAACACGCGCUUCUACGGCUACCUCGAGAAGGUGGCCAAGUUCUUCCUGGGUGGGUCGUUCGAGAUGUUCAACGAGUUCCGUGCGGUACCGAGCGUGCUCGAGAAGUACGAGACCGCGAUGCGUGAUCCGGUGUUCUACCAGUUCUUCAAGCGCGUGAUCGGAUUCUACUACCGCUACCUGGACACGCUGCCGAGCUACAAGUACGACGAGGUCAACUUCGCUGGGGUGAAGCUCGAGAGGAUCGAGAUGGACAAGCUGGUGACGUACUUCGAUAACUUCGACGCGGACAUCACGAACGCCGUCGAUGUGGAGGUGUUCGACGACAGCUCGAUGAAGGCUGGCGAGAUGAAGAAGUUCGGCAAGAUGGCGCACUACCAGGGCGAGGAUUUCGUGCUGUAUUCGCGCAUGCCCCGUCUGAACCAUCUGCCGUUCUCGUUCAAGCUGAACUUGGUCUCGGACAAACCGCAGAAGGCCGUCGUUUUGGUGUUCCUCGGCCCGAAGUACGACCAGUACGGUAACGCGUAUAGCGUGAACGCGAACCGCGAGAACUUCUUCCAGCUCGAUCAUUUCCUGGUCGAUCUGGUGGCGGGACCGAACGCGAUCACUCGCAACUCGCAGGACUUCAGCUGGUUCGUGAAGGACCGCACGACGUACUUCGAGCUGUACAAGCAGGUGAUGCAGGCGUUCAACGGAGACUACAAGUUCCCGCUCGACAUGUCCGAGGCUCACUGUGGCUUCCCGGCUCGUCUGAUGCUGCCCAAGGGCAAAAAGGGUGGCAUGCCAUUCCAGUUCUUCUUCAUGGUCACGCCUUACCACGCGCCUAAGGUAGAGCGCUUCACGGGCUACGAUAGCACUGUGUCCUGCGGAGUCGGAUCCGGAGCACGAUACGUGGACUCGCUGCCGUUCGGAUAUCCGUUUAACCGCAAGAUCGAUGAGGCUGCAUGGUUCACGCCGAACAUGGCUUACUACGAGGCCAUGAUCUACCACAAGAGUGAGACCGAAGUGAACUCGGUCGUUGUCUAGAAAGUGAUUUGAGAUUGAAGGUGGCUUACGGCGAACAUACAUGAAUAUAUACAUUCUUGUAACAAAAAAAAACAAAAUUGCCUUAUGUUACUAAAAUAAGUCGUACUAAUUGCACCAAGAGUAUGGUUUCAAGCUAUGAAGAUCGGAGCUUUAAUUUGGUUAAAAUACAAGAAGUAAUGUUCCAGUAAUGUUCCAGCUUGAAUUUGGGAGGAGAGAAACAUCGCACUUGUGACAUGA